AAAUAUGAACCAUAAAAUCAUCUGAUGUACAAUUCUGGAUUAAGACUGACACAAAACAGCAAAUCUAGUAAAUGCGCAUAGAAAAGAAAAAGGCUAAAUUUUUCGUAACACGUGUAUAACUUUUCGAAUGCAUUGGGUAUUGACAACUCUCUCUUCGGCGAUAUGGAACCAUUUAUAACCCAACAGUAAUUUGUAUUUUGAAGUUUUUUUCGUUUUCAGAAAACAUGGAAACCCAAAUGACAAUUCAUAUUUGUGGACAGCCUUCUGAAAGUUGCUCAAAUACACUUUCUGAAUUAGCAGAUCUGAGCGAAAAUAAGAGAAUUCCAGCUGACGAAGAUCCUAGUUCUUCUGAAAAUUGCUCAAAUGCACUUUCUGAAUUAACAGAUCUGAGCGAACAUAAGGGAAUUCGAGCUGGCGUAGAUCCUAAUUCUUCUGAAAAUUACUCAAAUACACUUUCGGAAUUAGAAGAUCUAAGCGAACAUGAGAGAAUUCCAGCUGACGAAGAUCCUAGUUCUUCUGAAAAUUGCUCAAAUACACUUUCUGAAUUAUCAGGUCUGAGCGAACAUAAAGGAAUUCCAGCUGGCGUAGAUCCUAAUUCUUCUGAAAAUUACUCAAAUACACUUACGGAAUUAGAAGAUCUAAGCGUACAUGAGAGAAUUCCAGAUGGCGAAAAACCUUCUUCUGAAAGCGGCUCAAAUGCACUUUUUAAAUCACCAGCCCGAAGCGAACAUAAGAAAAUCCAAUCUGGUGAAAAACCUUUCACUUGCGAAAUUUGUUCGAAGUCGUUUUCUCGAAAGGGAAAUCUAAAAGUGCACAGGAGAAUCCACACCAGUGAAAGACCUUAUUCUUGCAAUGACUGUUCAAAAGCCUUUUCUCAGUUAGGCCAACUGAAAUCACACUCGAGAGUCCAUACAGGAGAAAGGCCUUAUUGUUGCGAUUUUUGUUUCAAAGCCUUUUCUCAGUUCGCAUCGCUGAAAAUUCACAUAAGAAUCCAUACAGGAGAAAAGCCUUAUUCUUGCGAAUAUUGUUCAAAUUCGUUUACUACUUUGGGACACCUGAGAGAGCAUAAAAAACGCCAUACUGGUGCUCAACCUCAUACUUGUAAAAUAUGCUCGAGGAAGUUUGCUCACUCUGGAAGUCUAAAAACUCACUUGAGUGUCCAUAGCAAUGAAAAACCAUUCUCUUGCGAACUUUGUUCGAAAUCGUGUGCUCAUUUGAGAGAUUUGAAAACACAUAUGAGGAUCCAUAACGGCAAGAAAACCUUUAUCUGUGAGUACUGUCCAGCAGCGUAUUAUACUUCUUCAUCGCUAAAGGAACAUAUUAGAUCCCAUACUGGGGAGAAACCGUACCCUUGCGAGUUGUGUCCAAAGAGAUUUUCUCGUAUUCAGCAGCUGAAGAGGCACAAUGUAAUACACACCGGUGAAAAACCGUUUUCCUGCGAGUUGUGUAACAAAGCCUUCUCUUCGUCUACUGGCAAGAGAUUACACAUGAGAACCCAUACGAAGGAGAGACCGUACGCUUGUGAGCUGUGUCCUAGAAAAUUUUCUCAGUCUGGACAGCUGAAAACGCAUUUGAAAACUCACACUCGUGAAUCACCAUAAUUCGUGUGUUCAGAGGUAUUUCCUGAUGCUUUUGCUCAUGCGAGACAUAUGAGAAUGAAUGCUGACAAAACCCAAACUAUUGUGAACAGUAUUAAGCAAUCAGUCGCCUCCUGUAAGCUAGAGCAGAACUAUAUGUAAUAUACCGACAGUCCGGUUGUCCCAAUCAGAGACAGCAUUUGGCACUCUCAGCUUCAAUGGGAUGACAUACUGUUUGACCACGGAUUGUAUGGGAAGACAAACAUCCGUUUUACAGCCGGAAAUGAACAAAUCUAUUAUUUUUAGCGAUGUCAGCUUUUGCAGACUCAGAGUCUCAUUCAAAUAAGCGGAAUACAUGCAUCAAAUUUUUACUUUUCUCCCUCAUUCAUAUAGAUUCGUCUCAUCUGGACGUUUGAAAAUUCCAUACAAUCCGUGGUUGGACAGUAUCUGCCUCUAACUCGGUUAUUCCCUAUUCGAGACGGAAAACCCAAAACAAGGAUGAAACUGCAGUUUCUGGAUGGAAUAGCCGGGCUGUCGGUAUAUUGCAUGCAUUGUGAACAAUAUUCCACUGUUUAUGUGAGACCUAUGAGAAUGGAUACUGACCAUUGUUGAUCAUUACUGUUGUGAACAUUAUUCCAAAGCAUCGUCUCACAGCACUUAAAACAUCGAUUUCUCAUGAACACUCUCUUGUUGAUAUUUAGCAAAGGUUCUUCUGGUACUAAUACGGUUUUGCAAUUUGAAAGUUUGACAAGAUAAACGAGAA